GACUCCGGUAUCGUGCGGCUGACUCAGCGCCUCUCUCUGAAGGACAGGCACUGGAAACAGGAGAAGAGUCUACAGUGCACACCACCAGCCUACAGGAGGCGCUCUCUCAGCCUUGACUGGGCAGAGUGUAAGAUGACUCAGCAGGUUCCAGAGUCACGGGGGUUGAUGGUGAGGAAGUGUUCCAGUGUGUCGUGCUCAUCACCCCCCAGCGCGGCCCGCAGGCUCUACAGGAACCUGUCGGGAAAAUUCCGCACUAACCCUGGAUCAGAUGACACCAUGGCCACUGGACGCUCUGACAGGGAGGACAUACGCAAGGCCACCGCGCUGCAGGGUAAUGGUGUGUUGUUUGAGGCGGUGGAGCAGCAGGAUCUGGAGCUGGUGCAGACUCUUCUGAAGGAGUUCAGCGCUGAGGAACUGGACCUAAACACUCCAAACAGCGAGGGGCUACUGCCCCUGGACAUUGCCAUACUGACCAAUAAUGUCCCAAUGGCUAAAACACUACUGCAGUCAGGAGCUAAAGAGAGUCCACACUUUGUAAGUCCAGAGAGCCGUGCGGUGCACCUGGCUGCUCUGGUGCAGGAGGCGGAGCUUCGGGUGUCUGAACUUGUUGCCCAGGUAACAGGGGCAGGGCCAGCAGAGAGGGAGGAGUCAGACAGGGAGAGACAGCUGAAGGCCUGGGAGUGGAGGCUCCGCCUUUAUAAACGCAUGCAGACUGGAUACACACACGCCAGCCCACCAGACCCGCCCAGCAGAGUGUGUGUUUGUGUGACCAGCUCCUCCAGCCUUAGAGUUCAAUUCCAGGAGCCGCUCUGCCUCAACUCUGCCGUCGUCACCAAAUAUCGUGUGGUGUGGAGUGGCUCUCCAUCCUUUUCUCCUCCUCUGGGUGAGCUGGUUGUUGAGGACACAACUCUACUGCAGUGUGACAUCACAGGACUAACAGCAGGUGUCCCCUACUGCGUCCAGGUGUGUGCUUACAACAUGAAGGGAUGGAGCGCACCUCAGGCUUCUGUACCGGUCUGCGCUUCUCCGUCCAGUUGGAGGGAUGUGGACCGUCGAGCUCCGAGGCUGCACAGUCUGCAGGAGGCACUGGACCAGAUCCUGGAGCAGAUUAAGGAGGCACACCAGCAGUGCACGUGUCACGAUCAGUGUAAAGCUCCUCCGAAUGUGCGGAAACACUCUGUCUCUAAAAGCCUGAGACAUCUCUUCCAGCCCACCAGCAAGUUCAUCAAAAAUCUAAAAAGGGGUGUGUAUGUGGCCUGUGUGUUCUACAGGGAUGAUAAUGUUCUGGUCACUGCGGAGGAGCAGCUGCCCAUCGUGGAAGUGGACGACUCUUACGGCUCUCUCACGCACGACUUCCUAUGGUUCACUAAGGUGUCGUACCUGUGGGAGGAGAUUUCCUGGCUGCAGCAGUGUGUGGGUCCUGCUCAGCUCUCCUGCUCCUGCACUCUGCAGACACGCCUCAAAAUGCUGCAGGCCCUCGCUCACCUACAGGCUACAUUGGGCACUCAGGACUUGGGGCAGGUGUAUUUUGAGCCAGUGAGGGAUAAGCAUGGUAACGCCCUGCUAGUGCUGCUGAAGGAGGUGGAAGGAUAUGCUCUGGAAGGCCUGCGCUGGACUCCGCUCAGCAAACUGCAGAUCCAGCGUAAAUCCAUCUCCUCUCCUGAUGAACCUACUGCCCUCGACACCCUCCUCAUCACCCUACAUGAGAAGCUGGCAUACCACAGACGCAGUAGGAAGCUGCUGGCCCCCGGGCUGUAUCUGGGCUAUGUGAAGCUGUGCAGCUCAGUGGAACAGAUCAGAGUGCUGGUGCCCCACAAAAUCCCCAACGUCUUCUGCCACGUCAAAAUACGCGACAACAGCCAUGUCUCCAGGGAGGAGUGGCAGUGGCUGCAGUCUGUGUGUUCACUGGAAGACACAGUAGAAGUGUGUGCUGAUGAGCAAAGUGCUCCACAUCCCCUCCUACUGGAGUUACGCAAUGCCGCUAAAGAACUGCUUGGACGCAUUAAUAUUCCUAACAAUCAGGCACAGGAUUUCCGUGUGUAUGUUCACGAGGUGAUUGAACUUGGGGAGAGUGUGUCCUUCCUGUUGCUCCUCCCCCCAUGUGAGGAGGUGUGUACACCGCCGGGACAAAACAACCCCUACUCCCCCCGAUCCGGAUUCUUCACCCUACCACUGCAGAUCUUUGAGCUGGUUCAUUUUGAGGCUUACUGCCCCAGUUUUAUCAGCCAGUACUGCCGUGCGUCCGCUGUUUUGGGGCUGGAAUCUCUGAUGUCCCAGCAGGCUUUGCGCGAAGCUUUCUCUGAGUCUGAGCUCCUCACAGCUAAACAGAAGCAUCACAAAAUCCAGGAGCUCUUACAGCAGAUGGAGGAGGUUUGGCGGGAGGCUCGGUGGAUGGUGGAGGUUCUUCAGUGUGCUCGCUAUAAACAGCAGCCUGCAGGUGUGAGUCUUGGCUCCAUCAUCGACUUCACCAAAGAGAGCGUCCCUGAGAAAACACCCUCUACCUCCUCUCAGCCUGACUACCUGCCCUCACCUGUCCCCUCUCCUGCCUCCACACCACACACUAGCCGAAAACACCCUGCUCUGUCUGAUGAUGAAAAUUUGUUGGAGGUCUUCCUCACUACAGACAGUGAUUACGGCUCCAGUAGAGCUCAGAGCCCACGGGAACUCGACCUGCUGCCCCCUGUGUCUCCCUCACACACACACUCCUACACACACUCUCCAUCAUACACACACACAUCCACUCGCGCUGACCCCAGCCAGCCCGACGUCUUGCAGACGGGGGGUGGGGUCCGGGGGGCGGGGCUGGAGAUCAUAGACAGUGACUUUGUCUUGCCAAGUCGUCAGAUAGAACUGUUGCGGAUCACGGAGAAGAGAACGGCGCUGUGCGUUCGAACCAGCAGCCUCGAGUACCCGCCACCCAUCUCCACGGCAACAGCACCCUCAAGUCCCUCCUCUCAUAAUCUUUGGGCAUGCCCUGCUUCAGUGGACCAUUGCUGCCCUGCUCCUGAGCCUCGUCCACGGCCGGUCCGCACCUUGUCAGAGGACAGUGGGAUGCAGAGAGUCUCCUCCCACUCACCAAGCUCCACCCACCGGUCCUGCUACACCACUCUCAGAGUUUAUCCACAGUACCGCACAGGCCUGCCCAAGGAGACCAGUGUCAAGCUGCGGGUGACGAUACACACCUCUGUGAGAGAGAUGGUUCAGCUGGUGGUUCAGGAGAUAAACGGAGUGUGUUCACGUCUGCAGAGCGCCACCAGUCAGUGUGUGUGCAGGACCGAGCCACGUCUGUAUUCUGCACAGGCGUGUGUGUGCGGGGCGGAGGUGUGUGUGUACGGGGUGGAGCAGCUGGAACACUUCGGGUUGGUGCUGGUGAUGGAGGGCCGAGAGAAGUGGCUUCAGGACGACUUCUGUCCACUGACCCUGCAAAACCCCUGGACACGAGGAAAACUGUGCGUCCGAUUCAAACAGUACUCGCCCCUCGCCCUCCAGUUCAGCAGAGCUACUACUGUCUGACACACACACACACACGUAUUCUGCUAAGCAAAAGUUUGGGGACACCUCGCUGCAGUACUAAACUCCUUGUGCAGUUUUAGUUUUUCAUAAAGCGGCUCUGAGAUGCUCAUAUUGAAGCUCUUGAAGUUUGUGCUGAUGAGGGGCAGGAAAUGGGUGUGGCCUUCUGCUUUUUUACUAAGGCAGGGUUUUUAUCAGCUGUUCCUUCAGUUUUGCAGUUGCUGCAAAGAAAGAUGACAAGAUCUAAACAGCUUUGUAUUACAUGGAUAAAUUUGCCUCAAAGCAGCAGAAUUCCAAAACUAAUAUUCCAGGCUGACCAUCUCAGAUUGCCUUAAUAAAAAAGAAAUCGUCUUUGUUUCCGGUAGGCAGCGAGCAGGAUUUAAACUAUCAUAUCUUAAUUUAUUAAGAUAUAGAGACUUCAAAACAUGGGUGUAAAAGUGUGCUUCAGGAGAAUCUGCACAUUUGGAUACAUACAUUUUUUUAUCAAAUGUGCACUGAAGCAAGAACAGUACCAUCAACAUUUAGCAGACGCUCUUAUCCAGAGCGACUUACAAGAAGUGCUUUGUCAAUCUAGAGAAAGUAUCUUUGCUAGUUACCAACAGGUUAGAGAGAAAGACGGUCCUGAGCUCAGAUA